AUGGUGGCGGCAUCCACGACUGAAUGCGGCGAGUGCUCGGCUGCGGCCAAGUACACGUGUCCCGCGUGCGGCGUGCGCACCUGCUCGCUCGCAUGCACCAAGGCUCACAAGACCGACACCGCCAAGCAUCCGUGCGGUUCCAGCGCAGCCACACAUGCCAACGGCCCAAGCACCAGCUCUGUCGCCAAAAAGGAUGCGAGCACGACCGGAGGUUACGUUUCCAUGUCCGAGUACGGCGAGACGCACAUGAUGCAGGACUACCUCUUUCUCUCGGCCAUUUCACGCACCACCGCCGAAGCGGGGCGUCGCAUCGUCGACAUGAAGCUCCUCCCACCUUCCGCCGCCGCUGCUGGUGCUGGGGGGAACGAAUCAAGGGCCGCCGCGGGACCGACGCAGCAGAGGGGGAUGACGAAUGCGCAGCGCCAGCGCGAGCAGCUACUCAAGCAACUCCACUACCGCCGGCUGCGCGUCAUGGUGCUACCGGACGGCAUGGCGCGUCGCAAACGCAACCAGUCGGGCUUCAACCCCAAGUCGAAGCGCUUCGAACUCAGCGCGCUGCUGCGUCUUCCUCUUCAUCUCGACGCGCAUGCCAAGGGCAAGGCGAAAGCCGACGCGCACGAGGCCGCGCAAAACGGUAACGACGAGAGGGAGAGCGAAGGGUGGAUGGUGCAUCGACAGGACGCCGAGCGCAACGUGGCCGACGUGGUGCUGGCCGAACUCGAACGCCGCUCGUUUGCAAGUCGCAAGGAAACGCUCAAGGCGAAAGACGCGCUCGGUGUUGCGCACAAGUCGUGGCUCGUGGCGGUAACAGUGUUGGAGACGGCGCGGUUGGUGGUGCCGUCAGCGCGGCGGUGUGCAUGGGCGGAUCAGCAGUGGGUGGCGUUGGAUGCAUGGCCGAGCGAAUGGGUAGUGCAUGUACCCGCCUACUCUGCGCGGCUUACCAACGAGAGCACCACGCGCUAUCUCGACUGGUGGACACGCAAGCGGCGGUGGGAGGAGGCGAAUCCGGAGCUUGCAGCCGAGCAGAAGCUCCAAGCAUCUCGACCGCGCCACGACAGCCCACCGUCCGCACCGCAGCCGGAACCGUUGGAGCCACGGAUAAUGGAACCGCCAGUGGGGGAGGGGAUUGUGUCCGGUAGCUUGCUCUCGAUGCUCUCGCAGCGUUUGGGUCGUGCGCCUCCUGAAGCCGGCCCAGCCUCACCUGCGCCCGCGCAAGAAGUGGAGCCAAAGGAGGAGGACAAGGCGGCACAAGCCAUCACGGCACGCAUCUGUGCUCCGGAUACGAUGACACUUACGGCGCUGCUCGAGCAGCUACCCGAGGGAUAUGCGGUGGUCGAGUUUCCCGAACUGCGCGUCGUGCCCACCGCCCACCCGGCGCCACACGCUGUCGAUCUCACCCCGCGCCAGCAGCCAGCGACACAGCAACACGCACAGCCACGCGCGACUCGAGCGGUUGCCGUGGGCGCCAAACCACUAGGUGCACUGCUGGCGAGCUACGAUUCGGACUCGAAUGAUGACGAUGGUGACGACGAUCAUACUCACGCACAGCCAGACGCACACACGGACAAGUUCGAGACACACGAUUGGGAGGGCGGGGCUUCGCUGGCGGCGCUCGCAUCGGUGCAUGGCUUUGUACAACCCACGUCGUGA